ACAAAAUGGGUGACAAUUUUUGGUUUAUUUUUGGCUGAACUAUUGCUUUAAAACACAUUUUCAUGCUUCACGCUCACACAGAAAAGCCUGAAUGUUUUUUUUCAAUGACCCGAAGUAACACCUGUCUCACUUGUGUCUCACGUCUGUCACAUUUCCUGUUCUUGUGGCUCAUCUUCCACAUCACAACAUCUCUCACUGUAUCUCUGCCUCAGGAAAACAGGACACAGACUGCAGGGCCCUGUUUGGGCUCUGGACGUACAAUUGGGACAGAGCGUGUGUGGUUUUGUGUUCUGUGUGAACGUGGGCCUUUAUUUAUGCUGUAAGGGGAAUAGGGCAUUUGCUCAGCACGCUGCUGCAUCAAACCCUGCAGGAGAGCUCAGGGAUGCAAACUGUGUCCUGCAGUCCUGCCCUUUUUUCCUCUUUCCUCACUUUACCUUCCUUUUGCUCGCUUACUGCUUGCUGAGAUGGGAGAUGUGGGUUGGGUGGUAAGACAGAAUAUAUAUCAAUUGUACUGAACAAAGGUAGAAUUGUGACAACUGAGAUUUUGUUGUAGCGCUGUGGAUAUGCAUGCACAUGGGGUAUUGGUUAAAGCAGGGGUUCCCAAACUUUUCAGCCCACGACCCCCAAAAUAACAGUGCCAGGGACUCGAGACCCCUGCUAUCCUCGGAGUGGGUUAAAGUAUACAAACCUUGCACGCAACUGCACACAUGCACUUAUAAGGUCUAUCUAAAUACGAUUAUAAUGACAACUAGAGAUCGACUGAUACAUUGUUUUACCAAUAUUUCCCCAGAUAUGUAAGCAUUUUUCUAUGAUUGGGUAUCUGUUUUAUAAUUUUGGAUUCACCCAUAAACAUCGCCAUCUUGUGGUCGUUUUGAGAAUUGCGUGCAGGACCGCCAUUGAAACAUAGCGUCUGAGUGGAGGCGCGACUACAACACAGCAAGUUACUUGCAACUUACUUGCUUUGCAGUAAUGAAUGAACUUUAUUUAACGUUACAGCUAUUUUUGCACAAAUGAGAUGUGCCACAUAAAUGCCUAAUAUGCAGUUUAUGCAUACAAAUAUGUUCACAUGUGCUCCCAUUUGUGAUCAUAGGGCGUUGUUAAACAGGACUUUAGUCCAAGAAAGUAGAUAUAUGACACACGCUUACUUGACAUUUGUUUAAACAGAUCAGUAUUUUCGAUGCUUUUUCCAUUAAAAGAUGCAAUCUGUUCAACUCCAUUGCUGUUAUGACUGCAUUUGUCUCCUGGGUCCUAAAUAACACCUGCUUACUACCUACACAUGCAGACAGAUGUUUUGCUGAUUUGUGUUGCCUUUACAUGAACGUCUGAAUUACUUAAAGUUGGGUUCAAGAAAUUUUUACCUCAUGGCCACAUUGUGCCAGUAGGCAUUCAUAAUCUAGGCCGUCAAAAAUAUGAUUUAUAAUUCUGAGAUGACAUACUAGUUGAGAAAUCCAAUGAUGCGUACGCAGUUUUGUUUGUUCCUCAUUAUUCCAGUAUUAUUCAGUGAAUUAUUAUCCAGCGAAUUAUUCUUCAGUCUUUUUAGCCUAUUAAACAGCACAUAUGGACAAUUCCAUGUAAAAGUCAAAUUUACCACAAAAAAAUGACCAUGGUAACAGCACAGAUUUUAACAUUUGGUGGUUUAAAUACCCUUGUGAGAUCUCUCUUCAAAUUUGUAAAGCAUUUGUUUUAUUUUGAAUGCAUGAUUUUCAUAGUCAGGUAAGAGCCAUUUUCAGCAUUGUCACAUCCAUAACGCAACCUAUUCCUCAUAAAUGGACACAUGAAAAUUUAUAUAAAAUAACUAUCUUAUGUUCUAUAAUGAGGCAUCCCUUCUCCAUUCAUUGGGUAUUAUUGCUUCUGGAUUGUUCAUUUUAAGUCCUACAAAGUUUAUCGUCUCCCAAAAACCACGUCCUUUUUUUGUCACAUCCAUAACGCAUGUUUAUCUCCCGUUUUGUAAAUAUAUUUUUUGUUCAUAGACUGAAAAAUUUGCUUUUCUAAAUUCUUCAAAACUCUAUCUUUUGUAUUCAAUAAAAGAUAGAGAUUUAUAAAUCAUUGUUUUCUACCGUGGGAUAGUGAUUGGCGAUAUUAUAUUGUUUCCGAUAUACCGGUAGAAAUUCUCCCCACGAUAGGAUUUAGUCUUCUCGCGAUAUAAAUGAUAAAUCCUAGUUGAUGACGUAUUUCUUUGUGAGACUCAUUCACACCUCAAAUGCGGAGCGAAAACAGAGAUAGCGGUGGUUGGAGUUUGCUCUUGUGAAGCAUGUUUAGUUUCACUUUCGUUUUCUUCAAAUUGUUUGUUAAGUAUUUGUUGAUAGUCAACAACUUUUAGUUUAGGUUACAGUCUUUAUUUACAUUCAUUAGAUGUUAUGCGCAAAUAGUUUUGCAUGUUAUAUACAGGAAGCAUGAACAGCAUGUGUAGCGACUGCUGCCUGUUUACAUCCAGUACAAAAUGCGAGUUUGUAUUACGUUAUUUUGAAUACGUUUAUGAGCAUAUGAAUGAAAGUGUAUAUUGUUUAAUUAGAUUUAUUUUAUCCGCAUUUUCUGUUCUCUUUCUGUUGGGGGAGUCCUACAGUCAUGUUUCUGUGAGAAGAAAAGGUUCACACAUUUCCGGAGAGAGUGUGAUUGACAGCGUGAUCUGAUCGUGUCCAAACAAAGGGCUAUAUACAGUUUAGGCCACAGGGGAAGAGACAAGAUCUUCUGUUUUGGUGACUCAGAGCUGGAAGUGCAAAGCGGUUUCGAGGACAUCAUCUUGGACCCCAUCUACAGACGCACAAACUUACACACACUCACUCAAACACACUCAUACACAUUGUAACAGGCACACAGCUGGUUAUAACCAGGCCACUCGUUGCAUUUGACUCCACUUGCAUUUACGGUCUCAGGUGCGAGGAGCCAUUUAGUCACGACAGACAGACAUUAGUGAGAUUCACCCGGUCCCCCUGAGGGAAAACAUCACUUUUGUGUUUACACCUGUAACCACACCUGAAAUUAUAUUACUUCAUCAUCUAUUGUUUAUUAAAAAAAAUUGCAUCAGAAACAAGCCUAAAUUACCAAGCACCCACAAUCCCCUCUCUCAUGGGAGUAACAUAGAGCCCAAAUUAGUUCACACACUCUCUACUCUCGCUCUCUCACUUUCUUUCUCCACCCACAACCACACACACAUAGACUCAUCUGCACCUUGUUCACGAUGGCCUCCUCCUCCAGCGAGAUCGGCUGGGGAAGGACAGGGCUCUCGUGGUGACUGGAGGAGGGGAGGGAGAGGGGCGGGGCUGGACCCAUGUCGUGGAAGCGGAACUACUUUGCGUCAGGCAGCAGCGGGCUGCAGGGGAUGUUCACCCCUCGAACCAUGACCUCCAUCGCUCCCAGCAAAGGCCUGAGCAACGAGCCUGGUCAGAACAGCUGCUUCCUGAACAGUGCACUUCAGGUCCUUUGGCAUCUUGACAUCUUUCGCCGAAGCUUCCGGCAACUGAAUACCCACAAGUGCAUGGAGGACUCGUGUAUCUUCUGUGCUCUAAAGAAUAUCUUUGCCCAGUUCCAGUUCAGCAGUGAAAAGGUGCUCCCAUCCGACGCCCUGCGCAGCGCUCUAGCCAAAACCUUCCAGGACGAGCAGCGGUUCCAGCUGGGAAUCAUGGACGACGCGGCCGAGUGUUUCGAGAACCUCCUUAUGAGGAUACAUUUCCACAUCUCAGAUGAGACCAAGGAAGACAUCUGCACGGCCAAGCACUGCAUCCCGCAUCAGAAAUUUGCCAUGACACUUUUCGAACAGUGCGUUUGUAAUAAUUGUGGAGCCACAUCAGAUCCUCUCCCCUUUAUUCAGAUGGUGCAUUACAUCUCCACCACCUCUCUCUGUAACCAAGCCGUCCGAAUGCUGGAAUGUAAAGAAAAGCCAACACCCGACAUGUUUGGAGAGCUUCUCCGCAAUGCCAGCACCAUGGGCGACCUGCGAAACUGUCCGAGUAAUUGUGGUGAGAUGUUGCGGAUCAGACGGGUUCUGAUGAACUGUCCGGAGAUCAUCAGCAUCGGCCUGGUCUGGGACUCGGACCACUCUGAUCUGGCAGAAGACGUCAUCCACAGCCUGGGCACGUGCCUGCGGCUGGGUGAUUUGUUCUACCGUGUGACGGAUGAGUGUGCCAAGCAAUCAGAGCUCUACCUUGUGGGCAUGGUGUGCUACUACGGCAAGCAUUACUCCACCUUCUUCUUUCAGACCAAGAUACGCAAGUGGAUGUAUUUCGAUGACGCGCAUGUGAAGGAGAUCGGACCGAAGUGGAAGGACGUGGUGUCGCGAUGUAUAAAGGGCCACUACCAGCCGCUCCUGCUGCUCUAUGCCGAUCCCCGUGGGACGCCCGUGUCGUUUCAGGACACGCUGACAGCACAGUUAGAUCUGCACCACAGCAGCAAGGCUGGCUAUGACAGCGAAGACUCUGGGAGGGAGCCCUCAAUUUCAAGUGACACGCGCACAGAUUCUUCCACAGACAGCUACAGCUACAAGCACUCUCGAUCGCACCACGAGUCCAUGGCCUCUCAUUUCUCAUCUGACUCUCAGGGAACUGUGGUGUGUAAUCAGGACAGCAGCGGUUCCCAGAACAGUAUGGACACUGCAGGGGAGGUUCUUAAAGAUCAGGCCACGCCCCUUUGUCCGCAGAGGCCCUCCUCCACUGGCCAUCUGCAGGAUUAUAAGGAGACUCACAGCAGACCCCUCUCAUCGUCCUCUAGCUCAGGGGUGGGCGGCUCGGAGGCCGGAGCGCAAGCUGGGGACUGGGAAGAUGAGAGCACCAGUAGCGAGUCCAAAUCCAGUUCCAGUGGGGGGCGCUAUCGACCAACCUGGAGACCCAGAAGAGAAGCCCUGAACAUCGACAGCAUCUUCAGCCGGGAGAGGCAUCGGCCGGCCGGCUACGCCACACUUGGACCCUCCCCGCUGUCGGAAGAUGUGGUCUCACCCGUAAAGAGUGAGUUGGUCUUAGCGGCUGCUGAAGAGGAUUCAAACAUAGCGGCAAUGGAGGCAGGGGACGUGGUUGAUGGCUCAGGGUGCAUGUCAGAGUUGGGGGUGGAGCAUCUUCCGAUCCCACCCCAUUUAAGAGGCGUGGAGCAGCCGCCGCGGCUGAUUCAGAGGAUGGAGAGUGGUUACGAAAGCAGCGAGAGAAACAGCAACAGUCCGAUUAGCAUGGACAUGCCGCUUAGUGACAACCCUAACACCAAUGCACACAGGGACAGUGGCGGUAAAAGGCCUGUAACUUCAGGACCCUCCUGGCGUUCAGUGCCUAAAUCCAAAAGCAGCAGUGCCAUCCUGCAAGACCUCAAAUCACCAACCUGGAGCAGUGCUCCACUAAAUUUGGGCGAGGGCCGCAGUGAACUGGAUGAAUUGCAGGAGGAAGUUGCCCGCAGGGCCCGACAGCAGGAGCUGCAGAGGAAGAAGGAGAAGGAGAGAGAAGCUGCCCAGGGCUUCAACCCCAGACCUAGCAAGUUCAUGGACUUGGAUGAACUUCAGCACCAGGGGAAGGGGGGCAGUUUUGAGCACUGCCUGGCAGAGGCUGACUCUCUCUUAGAGCAGUCACUGCGUCUGGAGCAGGCCGGGGACACGGCUACAGCCCUGGCGCUUUCCCAUCACGCUGUGUCUAAACUAAGAUUUUCCAUGCAUGAGGGCAGUGCUAACACACAUAGCAGGACAAUGGCUGCUGACGCCAAGCUGCAAAAAUGCAUGAGGAGAGCGCGGGGCCUACAGCAGCGCAUGCAACAACAGCAAGAGAACCAGCAGGAGCCCGGCCACCCGCAGGGGCCCUCCAGUGAACAACCUGGCAAGGUCCAAGUAUUGUUGACAGACAAUCAAGAAGAGGUCUGGGAGACCAAUCGGGAUUCUGUGCUUGGCCCACCCUCUCCUCAUCACAUGAAAUCAACUCCCUUGUGUACAAACUUGCCAUCUCAAGCCUCUAGCCGCCCAACACUCAGCAAUGCCCGACCUAACUCUUCUCAGCCACACCCCCAAGAUCCUAAUGAAGAUGAUUGGCCAACACAGCAUGAGGAGGAUUGGAGUGGCAUCAGAUUGUCAGAUGUUCUCCAUGUUUCAGGUGUUCGAAUCAGGCCUAUUCGUAAGCACCUUGCCAUAUCCCUGCCCACUUUACCCCUUGACUUCUGGGGAGUGUUGGGAGAAAACGAAGAGGUCCCCAGCCAUCAGAUUCCUCAGCCUUUGGUCUCUCAAACUCCUUCCCAAAAUCCUUCUGUGUGGAAGGACACUGGAGGUGGUCCAGAUCGAAUAUCCCAAUCUAACAGGGCCACCAGUUCAUCACCUGCACCCCCUUAUACUGAGGAGAAGGUGCCGAUGCCCAGAAGAGCCCCCAUGUGGCAGCCCCUAUGCAUGGCUUCCCAGCCUCAAUCCCCUGUCCUGUCUCACUCUGAACUGGCUCCUCCUGUUGCUGCUCGCCAUUGGUCUUCCUGGAGCUUAGACCGUCCCGAUGCUGUCGUUACCCCCUACGCGACGCCUCCUGACCAGAACCAACGGACCCUCUCUCAGCACACUCCUGGAAGGCAUUUUCCUCCGCAUAGUCCAAUGAGCACCAGAAAAUUUUUUACCCCUAAGCACUCCACUUUUCAGAAUGCCCCAGGUAUGGAGCUAGAACCUACAGAGCCCGAAGACCAGGAACUCUCUGAAUUUGAUUCGCUCUACCAGGCCAGUCUCCAGGCUGGCCCCAGUCCUGGUCGAGCCCUGCGUGGUACCAGCUCACCUGUUGUAGGAAGACCAGUACCUCCAGCUGCACGAAAGCUGCUCACUGGAGUCGGACGCUCUAGGACCCCCACAGCUGAGCUUGAGAGAACUGCUUAUGGAUCACCUGGUUGUUACAGCCCCACUGGGUACAUGAACAUGCCCCCGUCGGUGGUCCAUCACGGGCUGCAGUCUGGAGAGGAAGACCAAUACGAUGCAGAUCAUUUCCGACGCAUCGCCCGCAGCUUGAGCGGAACCGUCAUCGGACGCCGUCAGAACCGUCUCGCGGUGUCUAGAAGUUUCUACGUAAACAUGGGGGACACCGGGGUUACAUCAUAUCAGAGCACUGUGUACUCGCCUAAUUGUCUUCAGUUUUCAUUGUCACCAUCAGACCUUCAUCUGCUUCCACCAAACUCUCUUCACCUCCAUCCAUCAUCUUCACCCAUUUCCCAUCAGCCUGGCCCUUGUGGAGAGGCCCCAGGACGUCUCAAGAGGUUCUCCGAGUUUCUGGCUGUGUUUGACCGGUGUCAAGAUCUCUCCAGUGGGCAGCACUACAGUCCAGCACUGAAGUGUCCACAGACGGUCAGUCUCUCUCGGGUUCUUUCCCAACCACGGGGACCGGCCUUCAACGUGAUCCGUCAGCCCUGGACAUUUUGCACAGAUGUAUCGGUUUCCCAGGAUUCCCCUUUUGCACCGGAGCAUGUCCCUGAUCCAGGCCUGACGCCCACCACCCUGCAUUCUGUAUCGUCCCCUGGGUAAUUUUCGUCCGUCAAUGCGCUCUCGUCCCGCACAGCCGCUAUCAUGCAAACGCUCAAUCCACAGCAUGACGGAAAGAGAUAGUCAAAACUGACCCUUUCUUUUUUUAUUGUACAGCAGUGGGAUGGCGUGAUGCCUUUAAGCCUGAGGUCGUGUGUGACUAACCUAUGGUCAGCCCUGCAGCAUGCAAUGAUAGGAGCGUGGGGUUCAGACCGAGACCCCCGCAGUGAGCCAUUCAACCCAGAGCACUUAACUAAAUUAAAUGCUUUUUAACGGGAAACGUUCAAUUAAACGCAGAGACGCAGACCCCCACGCUGCACUGAUGAUAAACGUGUGUGUGCAUUUGGUAGGGAGGGGCUAGUUGAAACCCCGCCUCUUUUAUCACCUGUCUGCAAGGAAACUUUUUCUCUUCGCCUGAUGCAAAUCCUCAGCAACCAAUGUACGGAAACGAUCUCUGCUGACUGAGCAUCUUUCCCCAAGAGGGAUGGUUUCCUGCAGAUGCAACAAACUCACACUUCUGAAACGUUAAGAGAGAGAUGAGAGAUGUUUUGUAUGAUGUCAUCUCUCAGCUCCGGUGCUUUUUCUCAAAGCAGGCAUGUAAAUCUGCAGCCCCGGGCAUGAAGAGCAGACCGAACUGAUCUCUUCUGACCUUUUCCUCCUACUUCUCCGAAACGGGCAUUUCUGUAGCACACGGCAGUUUUGUGUCUCCAGUUACAGGCAAGGACUGUACGCGUUUGACCGGACUUACAGUACGAAAUGAAUUUAUUGUUAAAAGCAUCCUUCUUGAGAUAUACAGAGGAAUGGAGAAACCACGUAAUGACGUUAUGGAAUGUUAAAUCAAGCCUAGUGGUAAACAUUAUUAUCUGCAUUAAGAGAAUUAUAGUACACUUCAGAAGUGUAAAGCUGGAGAAAAAACGCUAUUUUAAAUCCAUUGACGGUUCUCCCGUUUAUACAGGGAGAUAUGCCAAGUUAAGCUUCCUUUCUAUUGUUUUGUUUUUUUUAACACCGAAGUCAUAGCUGUAAGUCUGGUAAAAGCAUCCUUAAGGCACGGGAGAAGACUUCAGGCCUGUACAAUGGAAAUCAUCUCAUUUGUUGUUUGUAGAAUCUACAUAGUUUCUAGAUUUUACUUUAAAGCAACACAGUGGCCCUGAUAGCUUAGAAACGAUCGAUUAUGGAUAGGAAGAAGCUACACAGCUUUGCUAUAGUGUGUUUGGACAAUAUGAGAGGCCUUAUGCAAGGAAUGCAUUCAUGGAGGUAUUCAAAUAAAUGUUAGACAAUAUACUAACAGAUGGUACUGAUUGACAAGUGUUUUAUAGGCUAUCACAAUAUAGUAUGAUUAAUGCAGUAUUUAACCUUAUCCAUUCUAAACAUAAUGUGCUGUGAUAUAUAUUUUUAUUUAAAGCCUCUAAAAUUAAAAUCGCUGUAAACAAAAUGACUUAAGCAGUUUUAGAAGAUCCUGUUUAACUUAACCAAAGAUUGGCUCUAACACAAAGAUAAAUGAUUUUUUACGUCAUUGGUCACUUUUUCUUUUCACUUGAAGGAUGUUUCAGAUUGUAGCAAAGGCGAUGUACGAGUAUGCUAUGCAAAAUGCUCUCUCCUUGAACUACCAGCAAAGAGUCAGAUUGGGACGAAAUCUAAUAUUUUUUCUUCUCUUUGUUUUCUAUAUACUGACGAAAAUGGUUUCCUGCUGAAUUGUCGAAUCUUUACUUUAUUAAUUAUCUGUACAGUUAACAGCCUUUGAAUGCGAGUUGUAGCCAGGGGAGGAUGGUUUUCUCAAAGAGGAAAUAGCAUUUAAAUGGUUUUCCAUUUCGGGACUCAUUUGUAAAUGCUUGAGGUUGAGUGAACUUGUAUUUUUGCAAUAAAGUUAUUACCAAUGCACUCCAGCAGGGGCGCUGCACAAACGCCUAUA